AUGUCAUCCUCAGUGCAAGAAAUCACACGCAAAGCUCAACAAGCGGUACUCGACAGCAUCCCCGCAAAAUGGAAGCUAUCCGCACAAUUCCAGACAGAAAGCAACGUGAUGGACAUUCCAAAGACAUGUGGCACUUUAACACCACAACAAAUCGCCAUCACUGAACAAACAGCCACGGAACUCUUGGGGCGGCUGGCUCUUGGUUCUUUGUCAAGUGUUGAGGUCACGGAGGCUUUCUUGGCACGUGCUGCAAUUGCCCACCAGCUUACAAACUGCCUGACUGCUCUCUUUCCUGAUGAAGCUUUGGACGCGGCGAAAGCCUUGGAUGCUCAUUUAAAGAGCACGGGAAGGGUUGUCGGCCCUCUCCAUGGACUACCAGUAUCGAUCAAAGAUAUGUACAACGUGACGGGACACCCCGUGACUCUUGGAUAUGUAUCAUGGGCAGAGGUGAUCGCUGACAAGGACUCCACUUUGGUGAAAGCUCUCCGCAAUGCUGGAGCUGUAUUUUACGUCAAGACCACCAUGCCCCAGACGGGAAUGGCACUUGAAACAUGGAGUACCUUAUGGGGAAGAACCCUCAACCCACGAAAUAACAAGCUGGGAUCAGGAGGCUCAUCAGGAGGGGAUGGAGCCUUGAUAGCUCUAAAAGGCAGCCCUAUCGGGCCCAUGUCAGACAUCGGGGGCUCUAUCAGAGCACCUGCAGCCUUUAACGGCUUAUAUUCCAUUCGGCCGAGCUCUGAAAGGAUACCCAAAGGAGGUAUGCAAACUACUGCUCCUGGACAGCUCUCGAUUAAAGUAUCGUGUGGUCCGGCGUGCCACAGCAUGGCCGAUUUGAAGAUGUUUACAAAAGUUCUCAACGGCCACCCGCUUGCUGAAUAUGAUGGAAGUUUUAUACCCAUUCCAUGGCGGGAGGUCCAGAAACCUAGUAAGCUCACUAUUGGGAUCCUCGAGUUUGAUGGAGUGUGCAUGCCACACCCACCCAUCCUGCGGGCAAUGAGAGAGACAGCUGCAAAGUUGAAAGGCGCAGGCCAUGAAGGUACACUUUCCCUACUAUCAGAGGGACACAGAGCCUAA